UAGGAAAUAGGCUACCCUCCGUAUAAUUUUGGCUGCGUCGUCCAGCCGCCGACCACAGUUGUUUUCUGUCCAUACAGUGUGCGAGGAGAGGUAAUGUAGCCUACCUUGCUGUGUUCACUGACAGACGGGUUCACGCCAGUUCACCGGGAUCAUCUGAGGCGAGGACCCACCCCCUCCUCCCAAAACGCAACGAACGGAGCUAAUCUAAUAUAAUUCAUUUCUAUAUUAAUGUCGGAUUCCUUUUUACCCCGGACCAUCUAUCAAGGUUCCCAUUGAGCUGCUAAAACAGCCCACUGUGGUGUGAGAGGAGUCCCAGAAGCUGAGGAUAAACAUGAAGCAACACUGUGAUGUCAUCGCGGCUGGCCCAUGACACUUAAACUCUAUCAGCCCUCUCCACAAACCACUCGCCCUCCGUUACCAUACCGGACAACCAGUCAGUCACCCAUCAUCUACACACCGCUACAAUACAAUGGCCAGCAAGAGGAAGUCAACAGUGCCAUGCAUGAUCCCAUCCAAAAGCAAACACAUGCGUGAGGAGAUCAUACUUGGCUGCCUCCCUGAGCUCCUACCCACAAUCCCAGAGGACAGCAUCCUCAGCAUAUCUGGAGAAGAUGGACAUCAUUUUUACCAUGAUUCCUCCAGACCUGAAGGGGGUGACAGAUGGCAGAAAGGGGGCACCUACAGCUGCCCACCUUGCUGCUUUGAGUCCAGAGAUCUGAACUACUUUUUGGACCACCUGCACAACUGCCACAUAGACUUUAGGGCCCUGCCCAGUUUCUACUGCCUGAACUGUGGUGUGUCAGUGGUCAGGUUUGAGGCCCUGGCCCUGCACAACUCUAAAGCCCACCCUGGGGUGUCGGGGGGCUCUGUCACUGCGUCCCUGCAUGUCAAGAAGAGCGAUGGGGCGACUACCGUGGAGCAGAGCCUGUUCACAACAAAUGGGGAGGACUCUAACGAUCCUGCAAUCUCCUUCACUAAAACACCUAUAGUGAGGAUGAUGAAGGCCAAGGGACAGCACAAGAAGAUUGUAGUCUCCCACACAGUGGAGCUGCGGAGGAUAGACACUGGGAAGGAGAUGGAGCGGACAGACCCCACCAUGUUGACGAAUGUGCCUAAGCUACAGAAUGGGUCUCUCAGUGGGACCGGUGGCCCUGCUAUGUUGAGGAAACCUGUCACUCAUGUGAUAACAACAACAGUGCCCAAUCAAGCCUAUCACCAGCACAGCCCUCCCACCUUCUCAUUCUCCUCCUCAUCCUCCGAUUCCAGCAGAAACCUCCCAAAGGUGAUGAUUCCCCUGAGCAGCAUCCCCACCUAUGAUGCUGCCAUGGACACCAGCAGUUUUCUCAAGACUUCCUUUGGCAAGUUCCCCUACCCGACCAAAGCUGAGCUCUGCUACCUGACCGUGGUCUCUGAUUGGCCAGAGGAGCUGAUCAAACUCUGGUUUACCGCCCAUAGACUCAAACAGGGGAUCAGCUGGUCCCCUGAGGAGAUAGAGGAGGCCAGGAGGAAGAUGUUCAACACGGUCUUCCAAGGAACAGCACCCCCAAAACAGCCUCCCAAGCAACGGCACAACAAUCAUGUCCAUGCCCAACCUGCUCCAGUGGGCUCCAGCCACCAGGCUGCCAGGGUGGCCCAUGACAGUGUAGUGAGAAGGCAUACUGGAGUCAUAGCCACUUCGGCUAGCAUUUCAGCCGCUGGUCACCCGGUCACCACUAGGGUCUCUUAUGCUGCCCCAACCAUGAUCCCCCCGAAAUAUCAGACAGUAGUCAGUAGAACAACACAGGUAGUGGCCAGGAACACUAUCCCCACUACUGUGCCCAGCCUGGAGUCUGACAAGAGUGUUGCGCUGAGGUUGGGUUUGGUGGGAAACAACAGUUGUGUCAUUAGCACCAGCAGCAGAAGCAGCAGUAGCAGUAGUAGUUGCAGUAGUAGCAGCAGCAUCAGCAGUUACUCCUCCAUUAGUAGUGACGGCGGAGACCAUGGCACUAGGAAACCAAUCAACAACAGCAGUUCCAGCAACAGCAUCGUCAGUUGCUCCUCCAACAUUGGCAAUAAUAAUGAUUGUCUCACUAACAGCCAUGACAAACCAAACAAUCAAAGCAGCAGACAUAUUAGCAUACCGUCUGUCUUGGAAGGCUUCAGCAGCAUCAGCAACAAAAGUAAAGUGAUCAUGAGUAAUACCAGCAAAUCUAACGUUAUCACCUAUGACAUUCAUAGCAACGGCAACACAGCUAACCAGGAUCAUUACCCAUCAACAAAGGGUGAUGAUGACAGUAACAACAACAAUAUCCACAAGUCCAACAACGGCAGUAUUAGCAGUGGCUACACCAGCACUAGCAAUAAUGAUAAUGUCAACAACCUGAACCAUGCCAGCAAAGCCCAAAACGAAAACACCAGCACAAGUGCCAUUACCAAAAGCAGCAGUAGCAGCAGCAGCAUAUCUAUCAUAGAGGAUGGCAAAUGCACCAAGGAGGUUCCUAUGAAAUGUAUGUCAGUCCUGCGGCAGCUUAUCAAGGAGGAAGACCAUUUUAGGGAUGACAGGACCUGCCCUGAACUAAAAGUAGACCCCAUAAAGAUCAACCUGCAGAGGUUCAUGGUGAGCGAUCCAGCUGCAAAACCUGGUUCAGAGGCCUUCCCUCCAGAGCUCAAGUCUGAGACGCAUGUCUCAGACCCAUCACACCCGUCUUUCUCUGCACCCUGGGGCAAGAAAAACCCCCGGCAGGUGCACCUUCUGAGGCAGGCAUUCACCAGCACACGCUGGCCCAGCAGCCAGCAGUACGAGGAGCUGAGUAUCAUGACAGGCCUGCCCAAGCCAGAGGUGGUCCGCUGGUUCAGCGACAGCCGCUACAUCCACAAGAACAGCCAGCUGAAAUGGCUGGAGGGCUACCAGUGCCUACCAGCAGAGGGAGAGGAAGGAAAGGGCCACAGAGACCACAACACAGGGGCACUGAUUGAUCCCCAGGAGGUUCAUAGGAAACUGGUGGAGCAGGAGGUGAACAAGCAGCAUGAUGGAGGACCUGAGGGGCUGAGCUCAGGGCAGCAGGGAUUCUGGUGGGGUGCAGACACACAGAGGCCGCUGUUGAGUCCAGCAGGGCCAGAGGAGACUGGGGAGAAAGAAAGAGCUGUGGAGACAGGGAAGGCCGAAGGACUACACGGUCACUGGGCAGAGAGGGAGGAUGACCACCAGCAGCCAAUUACCAGCCAGACCUUUGGGGAGCAGCAGACAGAGCCCAGGGAUCGUCUGAUAAUAGAGCUGCUUGAAGUGUGACGGCGUGACCCAAACCUACUGGGGGUAAAGGAUGGGUUGGCUGGCUGGCUUUACAGAUGGCCAUGGUCUGGUGUGUUCAUUAUGACAGCAGAUGUGAUUGUAGCUGGACCAUUGGACUGUAACUGUGAAUACCCCCAUAUCCCCCCUCCUCUUCAUCACUUCCUGCCACCCUCUAAAGAACUUCUCACCUUUUGAGUCCUGUGAUGUUCAAUCCUUUCUUCAUUCUUCUUUGUGGUCGUGUGGGGAAUGGGAUGGUGCACAUAGAGGGUGGUAAGCCGGAUGAGACAGAGAGAAGACGAACACUGACUGGACAACUGACUUGAAUGAAGGAAGAUGGGAGAGGGAUAAUGAGAUAAUGUUUAGGGAAAGGGAGAUGAAUAUGAUUGAAACUGCACUAAAGAGGGUUUUUGUUGACUGGACAAAGUGAGCAGUGUCUAGGAGAUGUUAUUGUUGGCGUUGAUAUUUGUUCCUUUUCUUUAGCAACCAGUACUUCAGCACUGCCUUGAAUUGUACUUUUCUCCGUUAAUUGGUUUUUCAAUUUUACUUCUUCUAUAGUCACUGUAAGUCCAGAAGUAAUUGAGCCUCUAGUUUUAUUUACCUCUGUAUAAAUGUUGGUGAUCACUCAACAGGUCAGCUACACCAGGGUUUCCCAAACUCGGUCCUCGGGACCCCAAGGGGUGCACAUUUUGGUUUUUG